GAAUUAAAUUUACAAUUGAAAUAAAUUUACAUAUAAUAAUAUGAAGAAAUUACUUUCAGUUGAAUUACUUGUAUAGUAUAGAAUGCAUUUAGUUGCCACUUGGUUAUGAAUAUUUGAAUAUUGAUUAAUUCAUUUUACAAACACAAAAUUAAAGUAUAAAAUAUCUUAAUUUCAUAAAAUUUUUAUAUUUAAACAUAUGUAUUUUUAUUUCAUUAAUGAUUUAAAUAUUUUGUUUCAGAAUAAAAAAGCUAAAGUCAGUCUGUUUCAUUGCAUUGACAAACGUAACAUGCUGCUGAGACUAUUGAGGCAGUGGGACUACAGACGUUUCGAAUGGUUACUUCACGAGUUAAAGAUUACUUACAGAGAACCUAAAGAUGGAAAGCAAGAGAAAAUAUCUAGAAAAGGCGAGCUUCGGAGACUAACUCGCGAACAUUGCGAGAAAGUAAAAAAUGAGAAAUUGCAAAAAUAUCACGAGAAAUUAAAAGAACAACAAGAAGCAUUCUUAAAAGAAAAAGAAGAUACAUUGAAGUGGAUUGCAGAAGAAGAGAAAAGUCUUGGUUUAAUUGAAACUAAAAGUUAGAUUAUUAAAACGUAUUAAUAAAAAAUGUAUAUAGCAAUAUGUUAUUAAAAUAUCUUUAUUGUUGCUGUCAUUUUGGAAAUUUCUUAUAAGAUAAAAUUUUAAUGUUUGCAGCUAAAGUAUGCAUUAGUAUUAAAAUUUUUAUUAGAAUAUUUGAAUAAUUGCAAAAUUUCUGAAAUUUAUUGUGAUGAUAAAUCUUAACACACAAUACAUUGUAUUAGUGAAGAAAAGUAGGAAUAUCCAGAAUUUAUUUUAGAAUAUUAAGUGUUUAUGCUAUCUCACACAAUUGUUCUGUUGGGUUUU